AUGAUGAAGGUUAUCGCCCUUGUUCUCUGUCUGGCUGUCGCCGCCCUCGCCGAGCCUGUGAGCUACGGCAUGUACGGCAAAGGCGCCAUCGGCUAUCCGUACGGGGGUGCGUACGGUAACGGAAUGCUGGGAGGACUGUACGGGGGCCUGGGACAAUACGGAGGUAUCUAUGGCGGGAAGUACGGAAUGAUGGGAGGAAUGUACGGAGGACUUGGCAACUUUGGCGGUCUGUACGGAGGACUUGGCAACAUCGGCGGUCUGUACGGCAUGGGAGGCCACUACGGAGGAUUUGGAACCGGCCUUGGACUUGGGAAAGGCUAUGGCUUCUAUUGAGGAUCGAACUGACGCCACUCUCAUCGAUAUUUAUGUCUAUUUAUUGUACCAAUCAUCUUAUGUGCCAAAUAAACACUGAAGUAUA